UUGAUUAAAACUGAAAAAAUAAAUAAAUAAAUAAUAUGUUAUUAAGCUAUCAUUUAUCUAAUGAACCAUACAUUUUCAUGCGAUCCUUUUUAAUAUUUUUGGCUUUCAAUGGAAAACAAGAGGGAAAAAAUAUUUGUACUUUAUAGUGUUUACGUUAUGUAGAAGUAAAAUUUAUAGUUUAUAGUGUUUACUACGCUAUGUAAUAGUGAAAAGCUAAAAGCGACUCGCCUGUCUUCGUCCCUUCAAGAAAAGGCUUUUACUAAUAAUAAUAAUAAUAAUGUUUUUUUUUUUUAAUACUAAAAACUUUUAGUUAAAAUCGUUUUUAGACCAAUAAAUAAAAAAAUAAAUAAGGUGACAGCAGAAGUUAAACUCAUUUUAGAUUCAAAUAUUACAACGACUAAAAUUCACCUCUUGUACUGAGAGAGAAAAAUAAAAAAUGAUUUUGCGAAUGCUUCAAAGUUCAAACUCACAUAGAGGCGGUGGUAGAGAUAUUCAUCCCGCCACGUUCUCUCAGCUUCUGAGAAAAGUAUUUAGACACUGAGUAAACCAAACAUGUACAUGGUGUCCACAUCUCUUCCUCUGCCUUUACGCUACAUAUAUCCUACUAUGAUCCGACCGUGUGGAAAAGGCAUUAAAAAUCUGAAACCAUGCUCAAGUCCACAAACUACUACGAAAAACUUUCCAAGUAUUCAAGAUAGAUUGUAGAUUACAAGAAUGGCAACUUCACGAAACUGGUUCAAGCUAAUCCGAAGGAAGUUUGUCCGAUCAUCUGCCAGAGAUAUCAUUGUUGUUCAUACCGAAGACAGCAGUUCAAAUCUCCAUGAAGAAACAAUCAUUCUUGAACACCCCAAUUCCCCACCUGCAUCAACAGAUUCAACAACACCCCAAAAGCAGGUUCUAACCAAACAAGACAUUGCUGCUAUCAAAAUCCAAGCAUUUUUCAGGGGACAUCUUGCACGACGGGCAUUUCGAGCGCUGAAGAGCCUGGUGAAGCUGCAAGCAUUGGUUCGUGGGGCGUACGUUAGGAGACAGUCGCGCAUCGCUCUGCAUUGCAUGCAUUCACUCGUUCGACUGCAAGUCAAUGUUCGUGCUCGGCAGCUGCUCAGCACAUCCAGUAAUGGCCGAUCUACCAAGUCUUCAGAUAUAUUUACCAGACGUCCACGCAAAUAG